AUGAAAACUUAAAAGGAGUUGAUUAAAAAGUAUAAAAAAAUACACAAAAAUAAUUAUAUUUUAAAAAAUAAAAUAAAAAAGCUUAUUAGUAUUAUAGAAAGUGAAAUUAUUGAAAAUGCUGCAAAUAUAAAAUGGGAUGAUAUUGCAGGGCUUAAAUCAGCUAAAACGACAGUUUACGAAUCUAUAAUAUGGCCGAUGCUUAAUCCUUAAAUAUUUACAGGAAUAAGAGCUCCUCCAAAAGGUUUACUACUUUUUGGACCUCCUGGAACUGGCAAAACUUUGAUUGGUAAAGCUAUUGCUUGUGAAUCUAAUUCAACGUUUUUUUCUAUUUCAGCUAGUAGUUUAACAAGCAAAUGGGUAGGUGAAGGAGAAAAAAUGGUCAAAGUUCUAUUUAAGUUAGCGAUUUCUAAAUAACCUAGUGUUAUAUUUAUUGAUGAAAUAGAUUCAUUAUUGUGUGCAAGAUAAGAAAAUGAAAACGAAGCCAGUAGGAGGAUAAAAACUGAAUUCUUAGUUUAAAUGGAAGGUACACAAACUAAAUGUGAAGAAAGAAUUCUAUUAAUAGGAGCUACUAAUAGACCAUAAGAAUUAGAUGAUGCUGUUAAAAGAAGGUUUGUAAAAAGGUUGUUUAUUCCAUUACCUGAUAAAAAUGCAAGAAAGCAGUUAAUAGAAAGAAUUAUUUAAAUUGAAUCAGAAAAAGGAAAUAAAUUCCUAAUAAAUGAUAUUGAAUUAAAUGAAAUUAUUGAUGUUACAAAAGGUUAUUCAGGCGCUGAUAUGAGAAACUUAUGUGCUGAAGCAUCUAUGAUGCCUAUAAGAACUUGCAUGGAUAUUUAAAAAUUAUCUAUAGAUAGUAUAAGACCUGUAAUGAAAAGCGAUUUUAUGCAAGCAAUCAAAAAAGUUAAAGCAACUGUUUAAAAAAAAGAUUUAAAUGCCUAUUUCGAAUGGAAUGAUUAAUUUGGAAGCUAUGAAAUUAAUAUAGAAGAUAUAAAUAAUUGA